AUGGGCGGAUGCUUCUCCAGAAAGGACACCGUCGAGGUCGACACAGCCCCCGUCCCGAUCUCGGCCUUGGCCUCAUCCGCUGGGGAGAAGACUCCCUCUUCUUACCAUGUUUCUCCCUCCCCCUCUCUUCCUGCCAUCCCUCCCGAGUCUCCCUCCAUCUCCCGCUCCUCCAGCCUGUCCUCCCUGCUUCAAACUGAGAAGACACCCUCCUCUUUCCAGGUUUCUCCCUCCCCCUCUCCUCCUGCCACCCCUUCCGAGUCUCCCUCCAUCUCCCGCUCCUCCAGCCUGUCCUCCCUGCACCUGUCCUCUCUUUUUGACACUGAGAAGACACCCUCCUCUUUCCGGGUUUCUCCCUCCCCCUCUCCUCUCGCCACCCCUCCCGAGUCUCCCUCCAUCUCCCGCUCCUCCAGCCUGUCCUCCCUGCACCUGUCUUCUCUUUUUGACACUGAGAAGACACCCUCAGGGUCCCCCUCCAGCAGCCGUCCCUCCUCCCCCACCCGAGCUGCUACGCCAUCAUGUGAGGAGUCCAGCACCAUCAGCGACCCCUCCUCCACUUUGACGCCCUUGACUCCCUGCGGUCCGAGCGGCCAGGACCACACCACCAAACCAGCAGAGCAGGAAUCAGGGCCAGUGAAAGAGGCAGGAAAAUCCUUCUGGAAGUGGAGGGACUUUUUCCUCAAGGGCCUCUUCAACAAGAGAAAAUCCCAGCAGAAGAAACUUGGGUUGCCAAACAUCGGCAACACCUGUUUCAUCAGUGCAACUCUCCAGGGCCUGUACAACACUGAGAGCCUCUGCAGCGCCAUCAUGAGGCAGGAGGGUCUCUGGAGCCCCCAAGCUGAAACCCCCCUCAAGCUGCAGAGGUAUUUUGGAGAGUUGCACAAAGCCAGGCUUGGAAAGCCGUCAUACAAGGGGAAGAGGAGGCUCCUGUCCUCUCUGAAGAGUUACAUGGCCGCUUACAAUGAGGAGUACGAUUGUAACUCUCAGCAGGAUGCACAUGAGUUUUUCCUGCUCCUCCUGAUGGCGAUGAAGUCAGAAGGUGCGAUGCUGCAGGAGACGUCCUUCGUGCCGGACUACGUUUGUCCGGUUGAAACCUUUGAGUUUCACCUGCAGUGUGUCCGCACCUGCUCCAGCUGCGGCCAGAAAAUCUACCAGGAGGAAGAGCACAACAACUUGUCGCUGGAUGUCUCUUCCUCCGUGGAAGACAGCCUCCAGCUCUACUUCACAGAGUCAGAGUUGGAGUGCAGGUGCUGGCAGUGCUCUGCUCGCCAGGCAACCACAGUCCGACAUUUCCUCACUCUGCCCCGGGUGCUGGUUCUUCACAUUAAACGGUUCCAGCAUGACAGGGGAGAGUUGAGGAAAGUGGACGCCUCCAUCAGCAUCCCACGAGUGCUGUCGCUGGCUCCCCACUGCGGACAGCAGAGGGACGAAGCUGCAGAGGACCAACUGAGUGUGACAAAGACAAGAGCACCUACCGGCUCUCUGCAGUCGUCUCACACCUCGGGUACAGCAUGAACAGAGGCCACUACAUCUGCGAUGCUGCUAAGGGAGAAGGCAAAAAGUGGCUGACCUUCUCUGACUUGAAGGUGAAGGAGGCACAUGAGGACGAUGUCCUGAAGGAGAGAGAGGACACAGCUUACAUGCUGUACUACGUCCUCAGUGAGGCAGAGGAGAGGGACCAAGAGGCCCUGCAGCAGCACCAGGGCUCCAAGGAGACCACUGGCACCAGCCAGGUCUAAACAGGCCCAGCUUUUAUUUUGACAGGGUUAAUACAAACCCGUCAAAAUAAAAGCAGAUUCCGAUUAAGCAAAAAUGCUCUCACAAGAUUUCCUCACUCUAAUCAGGAGACAGGGUGGCAGUGCUCUGGUUGCCAGGCAACAACGACCAGAUGUUUGUACACCCCACACGGGUGAGUGUGACACUUGAGUCCAGCUGCAGCCCAACUCGACUCUGUGUGUUGGUGCUGUGGGGAGCAGAGACGUGAACCUGCAGUGGACAAAGAAUGUGCACCAUGCAGGAGGCGGCCGUUUGUGAGAAAAAACCCUCCAAAGCUCAGGUUUCCUAACAGCUGCUCUCUGGGCGCUGUCACCCUCCACGGAAAGCAGGGAAAGAGCCGAAUGGCAAGUGGCAGCACACCAACUUGCACGUGCCAGCUCGUCUACAGUGGGGCGUCUCCUCUGCGGCUGGGACAGGCAGAGCGGUCGGCUCAUUGAGUCCUCACCCUGUCAGCGACAUGGCGCCCAAGGAGCCUGAGCUCCACAUCUGCCCGUCCACAAGAAACCAAGAAGAAAUAAACCUUUUUGGUUUUGAUUCACCUCAAUCAAAUUCCUGUGUCAUGAGGCCAACUGUAAUUGAGUUAGUUGUUAUAUUCUGGUGUAAAAUGAUUCAAAGUUUUUUUUAGGCAU